UGGGUGCAGUGCGUACGAGUGUGCAGCGGUUUCGGAAGUUGCCUCGAGACCGGCGUGGCCUGAAGCGCGCGAGGUUAGAUUUGUGGUUCGUGGUUCGUGUGGUCGAGCGAGAAGAUUCAAAGGGGGCGAGUGUGUCGAUCAUAGUGGAGGAAUCAGGGGACAAUGAUGCCCCCCAUAAUAGGGGAAACACUGCGCGUAUGGUUUCUCUCGGCAUUGGUGGUUCACGGCGCUGUCGCCGGCAAUCCGGAUGCAAAACGCCUUUACGACGACCUGUUAUCUAACUACAACAAACUAGUACGCCCUGUUGUGAAUACAUCGGACGUACUACGCGUGUGCAUUAAACUCAAGCUCUCGCAGCUCAUCGAUGUGAACUUGAAGAAUCAGAUCAUGACUACGAAUCUAUGGGUCGAACAGUCAUGGUACGAUUACAAACUGCGAUGGGAGCCAAAGGAGUACGGAGGGGUCCAUAUGUUACACGUGCCCUCUGACCACAUAUGGCGGCCCGACAUAGUCCUCUACAACAACGCCGACGGCAACUACGAGGUGACGCUGAUGACCAAGGCUACGGUCUACUAUUCGGGAUUGGUCGUCUGGCAACCGCCGGCCGUAUAUAAAUCUUCCUGCUCCAUCGACGUUGAGUUCUUUCCAUACGACGUACAGACCUGUGUUUUGAAGUUAGGCUCCUGGACUUAUGACGGUUUUAAGGUCGAUCUAAGGCACAUGGACGAGAAAUCGAAAAGCAACGUGGUGGAUGUCGGAGUCGACCUUUCCGAGUUCUACAUGUCGGUAGAAUGGGACAUUCUAGAAGUGCCUGCUGUACGAAAUGAAAAAUUUUACACCUGCUGCGACGAGCCGUACCUGGAUAUUACCUUUAAUAUAACGAUGAGGAGAAAGACACUUUUCUACACUGUGAACAUAAUCAUUCCCUGUAUGGGAAUUUCCUUCCUUACGGUACUGACAUUCUAUCUACCCAGCGACAGUGGGGAAAAGUUUCAGGCAACAAUGUCAACAAAUACAUCGUGCAAACAACGAGGAUUAAUUAAAGGUGAAAAUUAUUUUCGACACUAUUAUAAAAAUGUGUCCAAACCAUGGUGCGAGCGAUCUUCAGUCACUCAUCGCACUACUAUGUAG